AUGACUACUGAAAAGAUUACCUUCUUGUCCAACUGGUCCGUAGCUCAUUUGCUCUGGAUCGUUGUAGAGUAUCAGCAGGGNCAUGCCACUCCUUACCACGCUCCCGUCUACCUUGCUCAAGCCAAGGGCUACUUUGCCGAUGAAGGCCUUAAGGUUGCUCUUCUCGAGCCCAACGAUCCCAGCAUCAUCGGCAGCGGCAAAGUCGAUCUCGGCUUCAAAGCCAUGAUCCACACCCUCGCCGGCAAAGCUCGCGGCUUCCCUAUCAUGUCCAUUGGUUCUCUGCUCGAUGAACCCUUCACUGGAGUCGUGUACCUCAAAUCCUCAGGCAUCACUACCGACUUCCACUCUCUCAAGGGUAAACGCAUCGGCUACGUUGGCGAAUUCGGCAAAAUCCAGAUUGACGAGUUGACGUCCCACUACGGCAUGAAGCCAUCCGACUACACUGCCGUACGCUGCGGCAUGAAUGUCUCCAAAGCCAUCAUCGACGGCACCAUCGAUGCCGGAAUCGGUCUCGAGAAUGUGCAAAUGGUCGAACUCGCCGAACAUCUUGCUUCCCAAAACAAACCCCGCAGCGACGUGCAAAUGCUACGCAUCGAUGAACUCGCCGAGUUGGGCUGUUGCUGCUUCUGCAGUAUCUUGUACAUUGGCAAUGAAACCUUUAUCCGUGAGAAUCCAGCUCGAGUAUCGGCUUUUAUGCGCGCUUGCAAGCGUGCCACCGAUUACGUCUUGGCGUCUCCUUCCGAGGCUUACGAGGACUACAUUGCCAUCAAACCCUCCAUGGCCACUGCCCUCAACCGCAAAAUCUUCGAGAGGAGCUUUGCCUACUUUUCCAAGGACCUCAAAAAUGUACGCAGAGAUUGGGACAAGGUCACCGCGUAUGGAAAAAGACUCGGUGUCUUGCCUGGAGACUAUACACCCAACUACACGAACGAGUUUUUGGACUGGGCAUUUGAGCAAGACUCUGCAGAUCCUCAGGGCGAUCAGAGGAAAAUGGUCAAGUUGCAGGAGAGAGUUGCUGCAGAAGGCGGAUUCCACCGUUUGGGCGAGAUGGAAAAGACUUCUUUGGUCAAUGUCGCUCAAGCUUGUUUGCUGUGA